UCUCAAAACCCUAACUAACGUAUCUUCUUCUUUAUCAUCUUUCAAUUAAAAUACCAAAAAGAAGAUCAAAAUAUAUCCAUUAGAGCAUAAUUAGUUCAAUGGACAAUAAUUAUCUUUGGGAGAUCUUCACUAAUAACAAACAAAAUAUUAGUGAAGAUCAUGUAGAUCAUCACCACCACCUACUUCAGAUUCAGAUUCCUAAUUUCCAACUAAAUGGAUUUUCCCAACAAGAUAAUCAAGAUCUCAUAAAGGAUCAUGUUGGUUCGUCAGUUAUUAUGUCUCAAUUCCAAACAAGUUAUGAUCAGCUAUAUAAAUCUUCAACCGUCAACACAAAUACUUCAACUAUUACGCCUCAACUCCAAACAAGUAGUGAUUGUUUAUGUAAAUCUUCAUUCAGUACGAAAAGUACAAUUACGCCUCAGUUCCAGACAAGUUGUGAUCGGCUGUAUAAAUCUGUCAACAUAAGUAGUACAUCAAUUAUUACGCCUGCUCAACUCCGGACAAGUUGUGAUCGACUAUAUAAAUCUUCAGUUGAUACUGAAAGUACUAAUCUUGAUAGGACUAAGGAGGGGUUAAGAAGUCAUGAUGAAUCAAAUGAGCUCAAGAAAGCUGUGCAUAGAAAUAUUGAAAGGCAUAGAAGACAAGAAAUGGCAAAUCGUGUUACUUCUCUAAGAUCUCUAAUUCCCAUUGAGUUCAUCAAGGGUAAACGUUCAGCAUCAGAUCAUAUGCAUGCAGCUGUGAAUUAUAUAAAGUAUCUUCAGAAGAAUAUACAAGAGUUGGAUAAUACAAGAAAAAAUAUUAUUUCAUUGGAUGAUCAAAACAAAAGUUCAACAAUUAUUAAUACUUUUCAGCAAAAUAAUAAUUGUAUCACAGUGAAUAAAUGUGAAGAUGGCAUGGAGAUUUUGAUUAAUGUCAAUAAUAGCCAUAAAGAUGAAAUAUUUUCUUUGUCCAAAGUGCUGAGAUGGCUACUUGAACAAGGGCUAAAUGUGGUUAGUUGUGAUAAUUCCAAACAAGAUGAAAGGACUUUAAUCAGGAUCCAAUGUCAGGUGAGUGAUAUAUCAUCAGGUCUCACUGUAGUUGGGCUGCAAAAGAAACUGACUGAUGUGAUUAAUUAACGCAGAAAAAAAAGGGCGGAUUCAGAAUUUUAAAUUUGCGCCCUUGUCCGGUCCUCCAAAAAUGUACUACUUUUGGAGGACCCGAUUUUGAAGAGUCCGAGCAAUAUAAGAUAUGAUAUCUCAAUUCAGAUUAAGAUUGGUUCUGAACCAGCAAUUGCAGACAUCUUUCAAUUCACACAGAGACACUUAAAAAAAAACUAAACUAUCAGGUGGUCGUUACAAUACAGAGGAAAGAAGACUAGGCCCCUGGAGGACUUUCAGGGACUAGGGAAGACAGGUGGAUUAUAGAGCUAUGGUAAAUAAAAGGCCCAUUGGGAAUGCAUGUACGACCCUCGACUGUACCAACAUUGAUGAAAAAAGAAAAAACUUUCCCAAUUGCAUCAUUAACCGAUGUAGGAUUCAAGAUCAAGUUCAGGAUUCGAGUCAAAUCAACCUUUCUACUCAUCUUAGGGUGAGGCAAGGAAUUGUUUCAAAUGUUUGUUGUUCAAUAUCUCGGUUGUUCAACAGAGAAAAGAAACCAUUUGCACAACACAAAACAAGUCAGAAGCCAACAAUUGUUCUAGCACAUAUUCAUCAAAGGGGCCAUAGUUCUAUCUGAAAAAACAACCAUGCAAGGACAUACAUAGAGCAAAACAGAGAAACAAUUUUUU